CUCUUUAUUUACGCCUACCUCCCAGCCCUUGGCAAUCUGACUAAUAACAAACUGAGCUAACAAGAAAGACUAGAAAGGGAGGAAAGAGAACAUUGCUGCAGCUUGGAUCUACAGCCUAAGAAAGCAAGAGUGAUCAGUCCCAGCGCUGUUCAACAUCUUGUUUAUUUGCUGCAUCCAGCAGCUUGCAAAUGGUUAACUAUAUGCAAAAAAGUCAGCAUAGCUGUGAAGUAUGCCGUGAAUUUUAAUUGGGGAAUAAAAGGACAACUGCUUCAGGAUGAUCUACUGUGCAUUACAGAUAACGUCAGGAAGUCUCUGCUUUACAGAAUCAGAUCAAUCACAUGACAACAUGAAGCUCUGGAUGCAUCUCUUGUAUUCAUCUCUCCUUGCCUAUAUGUCUUCACAGUCCCAGUUUCCAAGGGCCUUGGACUCAGCCAGAGGUUCUUGUGAUUCUCUUUGCAAUUGUGAGGAAAAAGAUGGCACAAUGCUCAUAAAUUGUGAAGAGAAAGAUAUCAAGAAGUUAUCCCAAAUAAGUGUGCCAGCAUCACGGCCUUUCCACCUGAGUUUAUUAAAUAAUGGCUUGACCAUGCUUCACGCAAAUGACUUUUCUGGGCUUACCAAUGCUAUCUCAAUACACCUUGGAUUUAACAAUAUUGCAGAUAUUGAGACUGGUGCAUUUAAUGGCCUUGGCCUCCUUAAGAAGCUUCAUAUCAAUCACAAUUCUUUAGAAAUUCUUAAAGAAGAUACCUUCCAUGGACUGGAAAACCUGGAAUUCUUACAAGCAGAUAACAAUUUUAUUACAGUGAUUGAACCAAGUGCCUUUAGCAAACUCAACAGACUUAAAGUGUUAAUUUUAAAUGACAAUGCUAUUGAGAGUCUUCCUCCAAACGUAUUUCGAUUCGUUCCUCUAACCCAUCUAGAUCUACGUGGCAAUCAAUUACAAACAUUGCCUUAUGUUGGUUUUUUAGAACACAUUGGCCGAAUACUGGAUCUCCAGCUGGAGGACAAUAAAUGGGCCUGCAAUUGUGACUUAUUACAGUUAAAACUGUGGUUGGAAAACAUGCCCCCACAGACUGUAAUUGGUGAUGUUGUGUGCAACAGCCCUCCGUUUUUCAAAGGAAGCAUUCUAAGCCGGCUGAAAAAGGAAUCAAUUUGCCCCACUCCACCAGUGUAUGAAGAACAUGAGGAUCCCUCUGGAUCAUUACACCUGGCAGUAACAUCUUCAAUAAGUGACGGUCGCAGGUCAACCAAGACCACAUCUCUUUUAAAACCACCCACCAAAGCACCAGGUUUAAUACCUUAUAUUACAAAGCCAUCCACUCAACUCCCGGGACCCUACUGUCCUAUUCCUUGUAACUGCAAAGUACUGUCCCCGUCUGGACUUCUAAUACACUGUCAAGAGCGCAAUAUUGAAAGCUUAUCAGAUCUAAAACCUCCUCCACAAAAUCCUAGAAAGCUUAUUCUUGCAGGGAAUAUCAUUCAUACAUUAAUGAAAUAUGACCUAGCGGAAUACUUCACUCUGGAAAUGCUUCACUUGGGAAACAAUCGUAUUGAAGUUCUUGAAGAAGGAUCAUUCAUGAACUUAACAAGAUUGCAAAAGCUAUAUCUGAAUGGUAACCAUCUGACCAAAUUAAGUGGAGGUAUGUUCCUUGGUCUCCAUAAUCUUGAGUACUUAUACCUUGAAUACAACGGUGUUAAGGAAAUAUUACCUGGAACCUUCAAUCCAAUGCCUAAACUUAAAGUCCUUUAUUUAAAUAACAACCUCCUACAAGUUUUGCCACCACAUAUUUUUUCAGGAGUUCCUCUAACGAGAAUAAACCUUAAGACAAACCAGUUUACCCAUCUACCUGUAAGUAAUAUCUUGGAUGACCUUGAUUUACUAACCCAGAUUGACCUUGAAGACAACCCCUGGGAUUGUUCCUGUGACCUGGUUGGACUACAGCAAUGGAUACAAAAAUUAAGUAAGAACACAGUGACAGAUGAAAUACUCUGCACCUCUCCAGAGCACCUAGACAAAAAGGAAUUGAAAGCACUCAACAGUGAACUUCUUUGCCCAGGUUUGGUCAAUAAUCCAUCCCUGCCAACUCAGACUAGUUAUGUAAUUGUCAAUACCCCUACCGCCACAACUACAGCCAACAAUAUUUUUAAAUCACUUACUGAUGCUGUACCACUCUCUGUUUUAAUACUCGGAUUGCUGAUUGUUUUCAUAACCAUUGUGUUCUGUGCUGCAGGGAUAGUGGUUCUUGUCCUCCACCGGAGGAGAAGGUACAAAAAGAAACAAACAGAUGAGCAGAUGAGAGACAGCAGUCCUGUGCAUCUUCAGUAUAGCAUGUAUGGCCAUAAAACAACUCAUCACACUACUGAAAGACCCACAGCAUCACUCUAUGAGCAACACAUGGUGAGUCCCAUGGUUCAUGUCUAUAGAAGCCCAUCUUUUGGCCCAAAGCAUCUGGAAGAAGAAGAAGAAAGGAAUGAGAAAGAGGGAAGUGAAUCAAAACAUCUCCAAAGAAGUCUUUUAGAACGAGAAAAUCAUUCGCCACUCACAGGGUCAAAUAUGAAGUACAAAACCACCGACCAAUCCACUGAAUUUUUAUCCUUCCAGGAUGCCAGUUCAUUAUAUAGGAACAUUUUAGAGAAAGAAAGAGAACUUCAGCAACUGGGAAUCACAGAAUACCUAAGGAAAAACAUUGCGCAACUUCAGCCUGAUAUGGAGGUACAUUAUCCGGGAGCCCAUGAAGAGUUAAAGUUGAUGGAGACAUUAAUGUACUCAAGACCAAGAAAGGUAUUAGUGGAACAGACUAAAAAUGAGUAUUUUGAGCUGAAAGCUAAUUUACAUGCUGAACCUGACUACUUAGAAGUCCUGGAGCAGCAAACAUAGAGAGUUUCAGGGCUUUUGCAGAAAUGCUGUGAUUCUGUCUUAAGUCCAAACCUUGUAAAUAAGUGCCUUAUAUGUGUGUCAUCAAUCAGAACUUAAGCACAGCAGUAAGCCUAUGGGGAAAAAAAAAAGAAGAAAAAAACUCAGGGAUCACUGG